AUGCCCGAUGCCGCCACACCGGUCGACGACAAGCUCAAAGCCGUCCCCGCGCGCCCACCGGUCUACUCGCCCCUCACGCACGCCAGCAUGCUCCAACCGACCCCGGCCGCCUCGCUCCCGACCGAGCUCCUCCUGCGCAUCUUUGAGCUCAUGCCCAUGAUGUACGCCGGCGAGGUGCGCGAGGACCUCGUCGCGUGGACCGUCACGUCGACCUGCCCCGACUUGCCAAAGGUCGCGCGCGUCUGUCGAGGGUGGCGCCGCGCCGCCCAGCUGUCCCUGUUCCACUCGGUGUCGCUCAUCCGCCGCAAGCAGGUCGUCGGCUUCAUCCACACGGCGACCGCCAGGCCCGACCUCGCCCAGCGCGUCACGGCCCUUCACAUCGGCCUCGUCGAGGGCACCGCCGAGCACUCGGACCCGUACCACCACCAGGUCGAGCUCUCGGACCGCCUCACCGAGGCCCUCGCCCUGUGCGUCAACGUGCGCCACCUCCUCGUCAACCAGAUGCGCCUCGGCAACACGUACCGCUUCGUCGACAUCCUCCAGCGCCUCCCGCUCGUCUCGCUCGCCCUCAAGAUGUACGACCCGGGCACCGAGGCCGGCCUCAACACGACCAUCUUUACCGUCCCGUCCGACGUGUACCGCGCCUUCAGCCUCCCCAACCUGCGCAACUUUGAGCUCAACUUUCGCCCGACCUGGGCCGCCCGCCAGGCCGACUACCGCGUGCCCGUCGUCCAGUCGCACGUCGAGAACAUGUCGGUCACGGUCAACGCGCCGAGGGGCCUCACGCCCAUGCUGUCGGCGGCAGGGCCGAGCCUCGUGCGGCUCAACAUCUACACGGAGCACGUCCUCGACCCGGACGUGGCCAUCGCCGCCUUCAGCACGCUCGUCAACCUGCGCGAAUUCCGCCUCGAGUCGACCGUCGCGUCGCCGACCCCGCGCCUCCCUGCGACGGCGACCCUCGACGGCGGCGGCGGCGGCGGCGGCGGCGGCGGCGGCGGCGGGCGCACAAACGGCGGCGCAGGCGCAGGCGCGGGCGACCGCAACGACUGGCUCGAGGCGCUCCUGCCGCUGUACACCAAGCUGCAGCGGCUGUCCAUCUCGGAGCAGGCGGCGUCGGCCGGGUUCCUGCGCCUCCUGCCCGACUCGGUCGAGGUGGCCGAGUACAUCUCGUGGGACGCCCGGCCCGACUCGGUCCUCGAGCAGCUCGAGGGCGUCCUGCGCGACCCGCGGUGCGCGCCCGGCCCGGCGUGCGCGCUUCGCGUCCCCGAACUCGUGCUCGCCGUCGACGAGGAGGCGUACGAGGCCACGGUCGACGAGGGGCAGCUCGGGCGCGUCACGCACGCGUUCGCGCAGAGGGGGGUCGAGUUCAGGGUCGCGUUCGAGCCGAUGGAGAUUCCGCAGCGGCGGUGGGUCGACAUCUAG